AUGCUUCGUUCAAAACGUGUCAAUGCAACCAAAACAAUUAUCAGUUCAGUUUACGACUCCAUUGAAUACACUUGUCUAAUUUCUACCUAUGGCAUUAAAUUUCCCACGGUUGAUCCAUUUCCAACGGAAUGUACUUUUCCUGACAAAACUAGCGGCACAUGUAUGAGUUUACAAUAUUGUCCGGCAGCAUUAACGGCUAAAAAUGUUACAUUGUGCUACAUGGAGAAAGACGAACAGUUUGUUUGUUGCAAGAAUGACUUGUGGGAGGAUAUGAAGCGUCGACCAAUCACUAGAGAUUGUGUAGAUCCACGUUAUGAAAUUGUGCACGGCCUUCAAACUGUUUAUCGGGAAUUUCCAUAUAUGGCAGCUUUAGGUUGGGAUUCAAUGUUUGAGGAGGGCAGUUAUGAUUAUAAAUGCGGUGGAGUUUUGGUAUGGGAUAAUUAUGUCCUAACCGCAGCACACUGUGCUAUACUAAAUGGAUUGCCACCAAGUGUCGUUCUUGUGGGUGGUACCAAUUUAACAGAUACAAAAAACAAACCCAUAAAAGUUGCCAAAGUCAUCAAAUAUCCAAUGUAUAACCCGAAAAUGUCCUAUCACGACAUUGCUUUGAUAAAACUGGAAAGUAGUCCAGGCGAAGAUCCACUUUGUAUAUGGACUCUGUACGCAAUGGACGAUCUCAAUGUAACGGCUGUUGGUUAUGGCCACACUCAGUUUGCCGGUACAAAUUCUGAAAGUCUUUUAAAAGCCCAUCUAACAAUAGUGCCAAACAAAGAUUGCGCUUCACAAUACACCGGGGAAGAUUCAUUGCCUCAAGGCAUUGUGGACAGUCAAUUAUGUGCCAAAGAUUUCGAAAGGCAAAGUGACACAUGCCAGGGCGAUUCUGGCGGACCCCUUAUUUUACAUUCUCAAAAUUCUAUGGGAUAUGAAAAAUCAUUUGUAGUUGGUAUAACAUCAUUUGGUCGCGGAUGUGGCUUUGACAAGCCCGGCGUAUAUACCAGGGUUUCGGAAUAUCUUGACUGGAUUGAAUCAAUAAUAUUUCAAUAA